GCAGGUUCUAAAGCGGGGCGGGGGGAGGGGGCGUGGGAGGGGGAGCGGCGGGCAAGGGCCGCCAACGGCCGCCGACGGGCACCGCCGGCCUCGGCCCCGCUGUCCUCCCCCGCCAUGGAGCUGUCGGCUAUCGGGGAGCAGGUGUUCGCGGUGGAGAGCAUCCGCAAGAAGCGUGUGCGGAAGGGCAAAGUAGAGUACCUGGUGAAGUGGAAAGGAUGGCCCCCAAAAUACAGCACAUGGGAGCCAGAAGAUCAUAUCUUGGACCCUCGCCUGGUAGUGGCUUACGAAGAAAAGGAAGAGAGAGACCGUGCUUCAGGGUACAGAAAAAGAGGUCCCAAACCAAAGCGCCUCCUAUUGCAGCGGCUGUAUGGCAUGGACUUGAGGAGUGCCCACAAGGGAAAGGAAAAGCUCUGUUUCUCUCUUGCACGGAGGUUUGGAGGAGGAGACAGUAGCCUGCCAGGGGCCAAGACAGGGCAGGCAGAGUUCUCAGAGAAGACUGGGGGAACAGUCCUGCCAUUCUCUCUCCGGAAGCAACGCAAAAACCAGAAGUACUUGCGACUGUCAAGGAAGAAGUUCCCCCGCAUGGCAAGCCUGGAGAACCGAAACUGCAGGCAUGAGUUCUUCUUGAAUGACGCAGUAGACCUGGAGGCCCAGCAAAGCCCUGAGGACUGGGAGGCUGUGCAGCACACCGGCAAAGAAGCAGAUGUGGAUGGCAAUCUCCCUUGGAUUCCCACUGUUCCCCCCAGCGAAGUGACAGUGACAGACAUCACGGCAAACUCCAUUACCGUCACUUUCAGAGAAGCACAAGUGGCUGAGGGCUUCUUCCGAGACCGGAGUGCGCAGUUCUGAAUCUCCAUUUUCAGUGCUCCCCAAAUCUAGUGCUUUUAGAGUGGGGCUAGGGAGGGCUUAUUUUAUCCCUUAAGAAAAAAAAAAAUCCAAAACAUCUCAGAAUGUUUACAGAGACCUUUUUUUCUUCUCCUCUUUCCCCUUUCAGAUACGCAAAAAAAAAAAAAAAAAAAGGCAGCAUAGGGGGUGGGUUUGUCAUUGCUUUGUCCAUCUGAAAAACUGACAGCCCUUUCCCUGGCAAAGACUCCCCUCCUAGAUGUCAAAACAGCAAGCUGAACAAUUUGGCUUUUAUGCUGCUAAGUGGCAGCAGCUGCAUUUGUGGGGAGAGGGCAUGUGGAGGUGGAAAGAGAGCUAGGUCUCUAGCCUGCUGCCUUGUUCUGCAAUUGAUAUCCCUCGGAUAAAGAUACUUCUCUGCAUUGCUCUUCCCACCUUCCUCCUCCCUCUCUUCAUGCAGCACUGAGAGACGAUGGAUCCUACCUGUGUAGAUAACUCCAGCCUCUUAAGACUUUCACUCCAGUGCUGUUUUCCCUGGGGCCUGCUGUCAGGACUUCAGAACCGUAUUUGCCUCUCUGUGGUAAGUAAGGCUGUGCAGCACAGCAGGUCCAUGUAGACAGCAGAGGUUUCUCUGUUUGUUGGUCAUACAGAAAAGACUGAAACGCAUGUCUGAAAUCUAAAUUGGCUAACUAAAUUCAUUAUGUCUUUGUUAAAAGCCCAGAAACCCAGCAUAGUCGAGGCGUACCACUCUGUCUAAACAAUAUUUCCAGGCUCGUCUGUGCUGUGUGAGAAAUGUGUUAUGGAAAGUGGGGUGUUCCUAUCUUCUGCCAAAUUCUGGCUUAAUGACAAAUGCUGCCCUGAAUCUGUGAUGAUAGUUGGUUGAAAUCUGACUCUCCUUCCCUGGAAGGAGGGGCCAGUAAGACAACUGAAGCAUUGCCUGGCACUGCAAAGAUAUUCAAGAUACUGGCACAGGCCCAGGACACAGGAAUUGGACAGAACUGAGCUAGAAAUGGACCUUGAUUAGUGGCAAAUUCUGUUCUUGGAUGCCACUGGGAGAUCCAAGGUAAACAACAUGCAGAGAAGGCAUGCAUUAGAGUAGAAGGGGGUGGGGUGGGGAUGGGGGAAUCAUAAUUCUUAGCAAGGAGAAUGCUUGGAUUGUACUGUCUGAGUAAUGUUCUUCCAUGACUCCAGUCUCCUCACAGUAUCUGUGAUCCUGUACUUCUUUACUGAUGGAAACUUCCCCUUGGAAGGCUUAAAACUUUGCCAAGGAAAGUGGUCUGCAUUUCAAUAGACCCUGCCUGAUCUUGCACUUAAAUGCCUCACGCUGGACUGCCUGUGACGCUUUGAGGUAUUUGAAGAAAUGCUGUAUUUUGAGUUGGUAGCUUAGCAUAGCAUCUGUUCCUGCACAUGCAUAUUCCCUUCCAUUUUCUUGAAAUCAAAUUUUAUUUAAGUAACUUAAAAUUUUAAAUACAAACAUUUUCCUAUGGAAAGCAAAAAAGUAAGCUACAGUCUGAGGUGGGAACUGCCAGAGAGAGCUGCAGGAGUACGCUGGCUAUCAUGAUUACCAUCCUUAAUUUCUUUGUUCCCUCUUACCAUUCCACACGAAGCAUUUCUUUCCUGCUAUAUUUAUUCUGUAUGAAACUGAGCCUUCUGAGCUCUGAGGUAUAGGCGCCUGUGGAAUUGAGCAGUGUGCAGCAGUUCCUUUGAAGGGCUUUGCCUGCUGGCCUACAGAGUUUGGGAGCUCUGGGACUUCUGGUCAUCCAAACAUCUGCUUCUUGCAAAAUGCUUGUGCUGCCCCCUGAAGCUUUUAUUAAAAGCAGAUUUUACCUCAGAUAGGAUGUGACAGGUCAGUGCAGACUUAAGAUUUCCCCUUCUAUCUCGAAGCUGUUUAAGUAGGCCAGUCUUCUGCUGUGUCACUGCAGUUUCAGGACCACGAGGAAGACCCUGAAUUUCUGAACUAACUUUUUGUCUCCCAAGUAAGCGACAUGGAAGUUUCUUUAUGGAGAAAGUAGAGAGGGUGAGAAGUGAAAAAUGAGCAGGAAAGAAGCUUAGAACAGCUAGCAAGGGCAGACUGAUGAGGUAAGCAUACAGGCCCAGGAUGUUUCUUGAAUGUGGGUGUCUGGAGUAAGACUUCCAAAUCUGGAAUUGUAUCACAUAAAUAGGUUUGCUCUCUUCUGCAGUGUGUGAGGUUGCGCAGUGUCACUCACACUGUCACACCCCCCCACACACAUCCCCCUCUUCCUGAUAUUUGCCAAACAGGCAGAAUAUGUUCAUCUUUCUUCUUAUUGUGACCUGUGGGCAUUCAGUAUGGCUGAGUCUGCUCACUGGAGUUGCAGUAGGUCAGGUAGUCACAGUUAGAGAAGCACAAUAUUUUAGCUCGUUUGGGGAAAAUUCUUGAAUUCCAGCUCACCUUGCUGAAUCUUCAUGGCAUUUAUGGGAUCUGUUUUCUUUAAUGCAGUUACUGCCACCUUUGUCUUCAUCGCAUUGUACAAGUACACCAAAAUCCUUCCUACUUACUAAGGUUCCUGUCAUCAGCUGACAUUGGAAGUAGUACCAAUCCCAUGCCAGGAAGGAGCUUGUCAUAGUAAACCAGUUCUCCAUCCUCUGCUUUUUCUUCCACUCACCAGCUGAGACUUCUCAGUGUUUUGUUUUGGCAUUUCUCUUUAAACAUCUUUUCUUUCUCUUGCAGUAGAGCUUUUCAGAAAACCUGUGGUGCUCUUUCAAAGAGGAUACACCCACAGCUUCAUCUCUUAAUCAUGCCUGGAUUAAGUUAGCUUGUGUUUUUUGUGGUGACUAAUCACCUGACUACAUGGAGUGUUGAACAAGGUACCUGGCUCCCAUGCUGCUUUAUGUACAGAUCACUUAGGAGUUAAUGACCAGGUUAAGGUGCAGGACAUUAUUUGUGCAUGGGUUUGGUUUGUGUGAGUGAGGAGGAGUCUGUGGUAGGAAACUAAGCAGUUACUGUGGGGCUGAUUCUGUUUUGUUGUGGGUUUUUUUGCUAUUGGGAUUUAUUUACUUUUUUUACGUUCACAAAUUCAAUGUUAAAAAUCCAUUAAAGAUUUUUCUUUCGGUCUUUCUAACACAUUUCCAUAGUGUCUGGUGACAUAUCGUUGUAGACUUCUUUGAGGAGCUGGUCUUCAGGGACUUCAAAAUUAACUUCAGUCCACUUCUGCAGAUGUAGAGAUUUAUGGGGCUUUUUUACUUUUGAUGGCAGCAGGGCUCCUCUGGGUUCACUUUUCUCCCAAAUCCCGUCCAUCUUUAGGUUCAAUCCCAAAUCUGGAUAUUGAGCUGGAACUUCUAGAGCUAACAUAUGAAAAUUGGAUGCUGUGCUCACAGCUUUGUUACGCAUUCCAUUUGAUUAGGAGAGCCAGAAUAGCAUCCAGCUGAAGCAGAGUUUAAUAACUCUAUUCAAAGCACAAGCUGAGAAUAGAAAUGGGCUAACUCUCCCAUACCUCAUUUGGCUCUAUGGCUGUAAACAAGGAAAACAAACUUCAGCCAGUAGAACUUAGUGAACUGUGCACGAGAAACAAACUUCUCAAGGAAGAACUCUUCUAACGGUUGUUCUUCAGAACUGUUCCAAUAUGAGAAUGACCAGCUGUGUUUAGGGGACAGAAGUUUAUCUUUCAUAAAUCUUCUCACAGUAACUUCACUGUGUAUGAUGUGACAGGACUGAGGGGCUUCAUGAAAUUAGAAAACCUUUAUUGUUAACACUGGUAUAAAAACAAUUGGAAAGGACUGCCUCUGUUCCUGGCUGGUUAUAAACUAGAUGUUUUUGCUCAGAUAUGUAAGUGAUGCCUUGGAACAGCAAGUUUUAACACGUAAAUAGUGGCAUUAAGUAGCCUUGUAUCUCCUGCAUGCUCCUUUAUUGUCUUGCCUUUGCUUGGGGGCCCUUUUGCUUGUGAAGUCAGACCAAGGUAUUUAUUUUAUUUUCUCUUUCUUUCUCAAGCACAGCCAGGGUAUUAUUAUGAGAACACCCAGAUGCCAUUCUGUUGUCCAAAAUAAGCUUAAUUUUGUUGGUGAACUGACCCUUACUUAUGUCAGAGGCUCAUACAGCAAGAAGCUUAUUGAGAAAGGAAUGGCUCGUUGUUGUUGUUGUUAGUGUUGUGAAACUAUCCAGAAUUGUUCUCUCGGUGUUUUGUGACUGAAUGUAUAAAAUUGUUUGUUUGCCUCACAGGGAGCCAGUGGCCCCAGUGCUGUUUCCUGCUUUGUGGCAGCCAGUGUUGUUUGAUGAUUUCACUGGAAUAGAGAGGGGAGGCCUCACAUAGGUCAGAAAAUAGGCAGGCUCAGCUCGUGUAAGACCUUCAGUGGUAGCCACAACAGAGGCUGGGGUGCGGAAGACAGCAGUGAGAGCUGUUAGCCACAUCCAUGCGUUUGAGCAAAGCUCAAUUUGCCAUUGCCUCCCCACCCCUUCCUCUCCUCUCAGGUUUUCUGAGGUAGGGAGAGUGGGAAAAACGACUCUUCCUAAUGCUAAAUGGUAUCUGCUCCUCUUCAGCUCACCCCUUCCUUGCCUGCAGCCUGAGAAGAAGAGGGCUGUUGGACUUUCUAGGAAAAAAAUAGUAGGGGCAGGAAGAGAGGGAAGGAGGUGCCUCAGGUUUGCUCUUGCUAGGUUGUGAAGGUCAGGUCUUUGGGUGAGCAACUGAGAGAGGAGAUGCGAUGUAAGAGUAAAGAACUUGUAAUGAAACUCAAGGGCCAAAACCAUCAUGAUUUUAAAAGAAAUACUGAGAUGAUUAACCUGAUUUUUUUUAUUUUUUGUAAUUGUUCGUUGAGGUGGGUGUUAAUUGCCAUCUGUCAGUUAAUAGCAGCAAAAUGAAAGCAGCCUGCUCCUUACAGGCCCUUUGUGCUUCUCACUUGGUUGUGAAUUUACCUCAGUCUCCAAGAAGAGUAGGAAAAUUAUAUGAUGGGGAAGGAGAAGAGACAAGUUGGGGAUGAAAUGAGGCCACGUUCAGCCAUGUUCUAACGCAGUCCCUUCUGCUCCAAAACCUGUGAUCCCUUGCAUCAUUUCUGGUGUGUCAGAGCAGUCAGUGGGUGGAUGGCCCUCUGAGGAGGCCAUGCAGAGAGGAGGUGCUGUGUUCGUGCCUCUCUUUUAUCAUUUGGAAAGCAAGGGAGGUGUAUGCUGACAGCUUAUGUGAGGUAAUUUCUACAUGGCAUUAGCAUGUACAAGUGAAGGGAGCAUGUCUCUUCACUGUUUUCAAAAUAAUUGUCCCCAAGGGUAUAGUAAACUUGAUCUUGAGACAACAGGUUCUGAUGAAGAGGUCUGACUGCUGUGGAGCUGUCUUUGCAGAGACAUCAUGAACCUUCUGGGUGUUGAACCACCCGUGUUCCAACCAAGCAGCUGGGAACACCUGUGAAACUGUUGAAGAGAGACACAGUCACUUAGAAUGGAACUCAGACUUCUCAAAUACUUUCCUGCAACAGCUACUUUCUGAAGUGGUAAUCCUUCUCUUUCAUCUUCCAGCUCUCUUCCCUUGUACCCUUAAGUUCUUAAAGUAUGAUGGCUUAUCAGGGAGUGAUCCCCAGCUAAUGGGGAUGUGUGCAGAGGAUCGAAGCUCAGGGGAGUUUGUAAUGGCUAUUAGGCCAAGAAGGAUGCCUACCAAGAGGCUAUGGGUAGAAACUUUGCUGCUGGAACUGUUUCUGUUUGCUGUGGGACACGCUGCAAACCCUUCAGGCGUUCUUCUGAAACACACCCUGGUGAUGUCUGAGAGCACCAAUUGGAUGUUGAAGGGGAGAGCUUAUAAGAGUGUUCAGAACCUCUAUCAGCUUAUCUCGUUACUGGGAUAGCAGUUUUGACUGGGAGGGGGAUUUCAGAGGAAGUGGAAAGACUUGGUUUUAUUUUAUUUUUAACCAGAAAACGUAGUGUCAGCACAAAGAAGCUCUUUGCAAGUCUGUCAAGACGUUAAGCAGCUUUUUUCUUUUUGCUUUUAGUCUGAAGCAUGUUUUGAAGCACUUUGAAAAUGCAAAGCACUAGGAGUGCAAAGUACUCCUUGUCGUCUGCCUGAAAGUGGCAUUUGAAAAGCAUUUUAAAAGCAUUUGAAAAGAUGUAUCUAUUUCAGGUCGCUAGCUGUCCCUUAUUAUUUUUCCAGAGCUCCCACCCAGCCCUUUGCCUCCCUCCCACGAGUGAGGGGGGGAGUUCCCUCAGCCCUGCUGAGUGGAAGAGGCUAACCUAGGGGGGAGGGGAGGCUCACAGGGUUCCUAACAUACCCUAGAUGGGGAUGAUUCCUCCCCACCGUCUCCUUUAUCUGAGAAAAGGAAGAAGAGGAGGAAGUUCAGUUGCAGUGGUCCUAGUCUGGAACUGACUGCAUCUUUUAGCUCUGGAGAUAUCUUUAUAUCUGGCCUGAAGAAUUGCACCUUAUGAGUCUGGUUGAGGAAUGGGAGGCACCUGUCCUCUUGUAGGGGGCGUGGAGAGGAAGAAGGGGUGAGCCAGAAGCAGUCUUCAGUAAAUGCUGGAUUUUUCUGGAGGCUGUUUCCUCACCUUAUCUCCAGCAUACCAGCAACCAAAUAACUAAAUUCAUCCAAAUGAAGCUUUUAUUCUGCAUAUCUGAAGAGCCUUUUGAGCAGGCUAUGAUGAGAGGCUCUUCUUUCUUGCCUAGCAAGCUCUACAGUCAAAGGAACCUUAGUUCUCUCCUGGGGUCUUUGGCUCCAACCUUCCCCUUAGCUUAGACACACCAUUUGGACUCUUUGCACACUGACUCAUCUAAUGUGAUCUGCUUCCCUUCUGCUUAGGGGGCAGAAGAUGGGGUCUCCUGGGAGAAGAGGGUCCCUGGUUCUUGUUCAUGUCUCUUCAGCUGUUGUUUCUGUCAGCACGCUAGAGUAUGAGAGUCUUUGCACACAGAAAGCUUUCUUUUGCACAGAAUGAGCUUCUAGCUUUUGUACAGACUAAUUGAAUGUAUUGGGGGGGGCUGGGGGGGGAGGGAAAAGGCCGUAAACCAAUUCCACAUGAACCAAUCAGAGUAUAAUGCCUUGUCUGAGCGAGCGUGAGCCGUAAGCAGAGGUUGUAAUGGUAAUGGGAGGGCAGGCUCAAGUAUAAUUUGACACAAAGUGUGGUUUUAUUUUUGUACUGAUACGGAUAAGAGACUGUACAGCAUCUAUUUAUUUAGAUGAUUUAUGUGGUAAAUGUUGCAAACAAAAUUAUGAAAAUAUUAAAUAUGAAAACUGACAUUUACCUAAUGGUCUGUCUGUGUGGUUAUUUACCUCCUUUUCCUUUAAUUUAACGGCUGAAUUAUUUCCCCUUAGUUGCUCCUGUUGGUAUAAACAUGCAGCGUGGUUGGAAAAAGAAUGAAAAAAGGCCCAUGCGUGCGUGAGAACGACCAGU